AUGUUUCAAGUCACGCAGCAAGAACUAAGCAGAGCAGAGAAAAGCAGAGAUUGUAUCAACUACAACAACAGCAGCAAAAAGCUUGCGAAUCAGAAGAUUUUUCCGUUGAAGACAAACAAUAGACAAGAGAGAGGAAGAAACGCGAAUGAAGGGAAAUGCGCUGGUCAACCGAUUGCUGUUCCUAUCGUCAAAGAGAUCGAUUUGUACAAGUUUGAUCCAUGGCAGCUUCCAGAAAUGGGAUUUUACGGCGAGAAAGAAUGGUACUUCUUUUCUCCUCGGGACCGGAAAUACCCCAACGGUUCACGGCCGAAUCGCGCCGCCAGAAGUGGGUAUUGGAAAGCCACCGGCGCCGAUAAACCGAUCGGAAAACCGAAAGCACUUGGGAUCAAGAAAGCUCUGGUUUUUUACGCGGGGAAAGCCCCCAAAGGAGAGAAAACCAAUUGGAUUAUGCACGAAUAUCGCCUCGCAAAUGUUGAUCGAUCAGCCUCCAAGAAAAAUAACAACUUGAGGCUUGACGAUUGGGUGUUGUGUCGAAUAUACAACAAGAAAGGGAAGAUUGAGAAACACAACACGAUGACACCAAAAAUGGAGACUGGGGUGGUUAAUAAUUUGGAGCAGGAGAAGGAGACGAAGCCGGAGAUUCACAAACUUGGGAAUGGGCAAUUUUACAUGGACAGUUCAGAUUCAACGCCUAGGUUGCAGACUGACUCGAGCUGUUCAGAGCAGGUGGUUUCCCCCGAUGUCACAUACGAGAGGGAGGUGCAGAGCGACCCCAAAUGGAAUGAUCUAGAGCUUCAGCUAGAAAACGCGUUUGAUUUUGAAUACAAUUACUUUGACAACAACAACCUUUCGGUGGAUGACCCUUUUGGGAGCGUCGAGUUCCAGAUGGGGCAGCAGCUCUCGCCUCUGCAGGACAUGCUGAUGUACCUGCAGAAGCCUUAUUGA